AUAGCUAUGAGUUUUCUCGAAACUUGAACACAUUGUUGAGACUGAGAAGGAGAGGAGAAACUGAGGCUGUUGCCCAUCCUCUUUUACAUUUGGUAGUGUUGUGGAAUGUUGUGUGUUUCUUUUGAAACCGAUUCAGUUGUAUUUGAUCCAUUAAACUUAAUAUGUGAAGAGUUUUUUUUUUUAAAUAUGCAUUGUCACAUAAAGAAAAUCUAAAAUUGCACAUGGUUUUGUAAAAAGGUUGUGUCACUAGUCAGUUUAAUAGGGUCACUUCUGUUUGUUGUUAUAAAUAUUUUACCGAUUUUUAUAAUUUAUUAUAUAUAUACAUAUUUGAGCAAACAUCAAUUAGAUAUCCGUUUGCUUUUAACACUAAUCUGCGUACUCCAAACUAGCGGAGAAAAAUAAUCCAUAAAAGCAACAUACACCCACCCAAAAGCAGAUGUUUUGUCUAGACUCUGGAGAGAAUAUUUUCAACAACAGGCGUACAAACAUUUGUUGUUCCUCAUCUCUUGUACGCAUCUCAAGUGUGAGUUUUUAUACAUGUUCAUAUGGGGGGCAAUAUUGGCUUCUGGCAUGUUGCCCAUUUGUUGUCAAAAAAUAACAAAAUAUGGAUGAGUAAUACUCAAUGUUUGUUGUAUCGAUGAUCAUAUAAAAAUCAUCUGUUUGCUGCAACAGUUCGAAAGAGAACGACAAACCUUCGUAACAUUUCAAUUCUUUAAAAUAUUUAAUUAAUUUUUUUUAUUCAUGUGUACAUCUGUAACCAUUUCAUAAUGUAUAGAUUGAAUACAUAAGCACCACAUGACUGGUUAAAUAAAUAUUGAUUAUUUGAAAAGAAAAUUUAUUGAAUUAAAGUAAGAUAUAGAAAGGAUAACAAUGUUCAAGACUUCACAAGAAAUUCGUUUGAAUACGACGGGAACAAAACUCCGUAAUAGUGGUGAAAAUGUUUCGGGUUUCGGGAAAUACCAUAAAACACCAGAUAUGGAUAAAUAUUCAACACAGCCAGCACAAGUAUUUGUUGCACCAGAGCUGACAGAUCCAAGUCUUGUCCAACUACUACAUUUCCCCAACGGAGCUCUACGGGUCAAUAAUAAUGUUAAUUUCAUAAUUAAAAGGAACGGAGUAAAAGGAAAUUUUGAAGUAAAGCUGGAAAAUCCAUCGGGCCAUCAAAUGUUUGUACCACUAAAAAUCAUUGAUCCAGAAAGAUUUGAAGUCUCGUUUACUCUGGUCGAGGCUGGUCUCUAUAAAGUUCAUAUUAAAUGUAAUUCAGUGACAUUACCAAAAUCACCAUUUAUAAUUGUGGCAAUAAGUGGAUUUGACUUGGAACCGAAAGCAAAAAUGGAAUUGCCUGUAUUCAAAUCGGAUGCUUCAAGAGUAACAUAUCGUGGUCUUGGCUUAAGUCAUAUUCUUUUGAAUGAAAAAAAUGAAUUCAUUAUUGACGGUUCGUCGGCGGGAAAUAAUAUCCUGUUUGUGGGUAUUUUCGGCCCUAAAGGACAAUGUGACGAAGUUAUUGUCAAACAUAUGGGCAAAAAUGUUUACAAAGUUACCUAUCAAGUCGAUGAUCCUGGUGAUUAUCUGUUGGCUGCAAAGUGGGGCGAUGACCAUAUACCCGGUUCACCAUUCUCGCUAAGUACCAAUUAAAAUCGAUAUGGAAAUAAGAUGUAGAUUUAAAUACUAGUUUUAGUUUAAUCAUAGAUUAAAGAUUUAAAUGAAAAUGAAAAGAAAAAUAAAGUAGUAUUAAUUACAAACUAUAAAA